AUGACCAGAGAACAUAUUGAGUACAUUAAAGAUGGAUGGUUCCGUGAAAUUCACGAAACAAGCUUUCCAGGACAGGGAUUAGAACUCAAGGUCGAGAAAGUCCUGUAUCAUUCCAAAAGUGUUUUCCAAGACAUUUUGGUGUUCCAGAGUGCCACGUAUGGCAACGUUUUGGUUUUGGAUGGGAUUAUACAGGCCACAGAGCGGGAUGAAUUUGCGUAUCAAGAAAUGAUCUCGCACAUUCCUCUGUACGCACAUAGGAGCCCAAAGAAUGUCUUGGUAGUUGGAGGUGGUGACGGCGGUGUGCUGCGGGAGGUCGUCAAGCACAAGUGUGUCGAAAGCGCAACUCUGGUGGAGAUAGACGAAACGGUGAUAAAAUUGGCGAAAAAAUACCUUCCAGGAAUGGCAUGCGCAUUUGGCAACGAAAAGGUUCAAGUUGAGUUGCAAGAUGGGUUUCAGUUCCUUCGAGACGUUGCCCAAACCGACCAGCGUUAUGACAUCAUCAUCACAGACUCUUCAGACCCGGAAGGUCCCGCUGGUGCGUUUUUCCAAAAGGAAUAUUUCCAGCUGCUGCAUAGUGCGCUCAACGAAGACGGUAUCGUGAUAGCUCAAGCGUCCGAGAACAUGUGGUUAAAUUUGGACUACAUCUGCGACCUUGUGGCUAGUGCGAGCUCUGUAUUUGCACAAGUCGAGUACUGUUACACCACGGUCCCCACAUACACGUCAGGUCAGCUCGGUUUGAUCGUUUGUGCCAAGCACGAGAGAACAGACUUGAAGCACGCAGUUCGUCAGCCUACCAAAUCGGAACACUCCCAGAUGCGUUACUACAAUACACAGAUGCACACGGCAUCAUUUGUGCUGCCCACUUGGGCUCAUCAUAAACUUCAUAGAUCACGUAAUCCAUAA